CACACACACACACGUGAUUAAUCGGGUCGCCUGUCUCCGCAGAUCGAUGCGAACACUUAUAUAAUAUCUAUCACCGUAUCGAUCGAUUGGGAUGUGUAGUCAUGCGCCUCAACUUUGCCAGCGUCAACCCGAACCAGAGGACUACACUUCCCGGCAGGCUCCGCGGCUCCACCGUCGCCUCACUAGUUCCACACACACCGACUGUAGUUGUGUUCACUUGAGAACCCGCUCAUGAUUCACUUCAUUAAUAAAUAAACUGCUGGGUGUCAUGGCGGAGUCCGCAGCGUGUCCCGUCUUCCAGCUCGGGAGAUCCCGGUUCGAUCAGGGUUCCUUCCUCGGUCGUCUGAGACACUUCGUAGACAUCAUUGACCCCAGCACCCUGUUUGUGUCCGAGAAACGACUGAAGGAAUGCAUCAAACUCCUGGAUGAUUAUAAAUGUGGCAUUCUUCCACCUGGAGUGUCUGAUCUUCAGCUUUGGGAGGCCCAGAAGAUCAAGCAGGCCAUCAUUCAUCCUGACACAGGAGAGAAGAUCUUCAUGCCAUUUCGAAUGUCAGGUUAUGUACCAUUCGGAACACCAAUUGUCAUUGGCCUCCUUCUCCCAAAUCAGACUGUGGUGUCUACCAUUGUAUGGCAGUGGCUAAACCAGAGUCACAAUGCUUGCGUGAACUACGCCAACCGCAACGCCACAAAGCCUACACCAACAUCCAAGUUUCUUCAAGGCUAUGUAGGAGCUGUGACCAGUGCCGUCUCCAUUGCAGUGGGGCUGAAUGUGCUGAUUCAGAAGGCCAACAAGCUGAGUCCUGCCACCAGAAUGAUCAUACAGAGACUUGUUCCAUUCCCAGCGGUUGCGAGUGCAAACAUCUGUAAUGUGGGUCUGAUGCGACACAAUGAGUUGUCCGAAGGUAUCGAUGUGCUGGACGACAAUGGAAAUGUGGUGGGAUCCUCUAAAAUCGCUGCCAGACAUGCGAUCACGGAGACAGCCUUCACACGUGUGGUUCUCCCGAUGCCGAUCUUCGUCCUGCCGCCCAUCAUCAUGUCCUACCUAGAGAGGCUCCGAUUCCUGCAGAGCAACCGCAGACUGUUGCUACCCAUCCACAGUGCUGUGUGCCUGGUCACCUUCGGCCUCUCCCUGCCCGUGGCCAUCAGCCUGUUCCCGCAGAUGUCUCAGAUUGAGGUGUCUCGCCUUGAGCCAGAGAUUGCCAUGGCAACAGAUUGCAAGGUGGUGACCUACAACAAGGGUUUAUGAUGGAGAGGAGAGAAGAGGAGAGGAGAGGAGAAGAGAAGAGGAGAGAAGAGAGUGAAAAUGAGGGAGAACCCACUGUAGGGUUCCUCCUGUCGACAGGUUUGGGAACUAUAUCUGCUGCAGAAUCAUAGCAGCAGAUCAUCGUGUACUAACCAGGGUUUCUAUACCUUUUUUUUCCACCUGAUCCUAAUCAUAGUUUCUACCGAGUUUGAAAAUGGGGCAAUUUUCUUUUUCGUAACAACAACUAAGCAGCUCUGUGUAUAGAAAUUAUUAUAUACAUGUAUUUAAUGUAAAAUAGCUUUUUAGCUUUAAUAAAACUAUUUUAAUAUAUACUUUAAUAUAAAAUGCAGGUUAAACCUGCAAACCUGUCCACUUUGUGGCUGAGGAAGAAAGUUAUAAACAUAACACACUGUUGGUCUGCACCACCUCCUCAGAGAAAUCUUUAGCUGCACCUCGUGUACAGGUCGUUUUCUGUCAUUUUCUCCUGAGCAGGUAGAGUUCAGAGAGUUUAUCACUGCCCAUUGUUAAUUUAAGAAUAUUGAUUUUUAGCUACUUUAAUACAGAAAGACAUACAUGUACAUAUCAAAAUAAUGUGUUGUCAAUAGACCAAGUUGGUGGCAAUAAACAGGAGCUCGUCCACAGGUCAGCCACUGUAAGUCAAUAAGCUAACAACGGGUUUGUCUUUAUCUCUAAAUCAGUGUUUUAUAACCUUUCUACAAUGUGGUUCAUAAAAAUGAAAGUAUGUCGAUGUAUAAUCCUUUUUCUCCAGGUGCAUAUCUUGUGAUCAGUUCAGAAGUAGACCGAUUUUCCUUCUGGUAAAUUCGAUUGAUUUUUUUUGAGUGCAGCAGAGGUAAAAUAUUCUAAAAUUGUUUGAUCCCUUGCAGGGGUCUUCACUGUCAAGUCAUAGAAAAAUAAAAAGAAGGAUUAAAAGAAGUGCAACUGAUCUGCUGCACCGUGCGUGGAGCACUUAAAUGCACCACACAGCGUCAGAGGGCAGACGGCACACAAACAUGCUGACAUGCAAAUGUGGCUCAUCACAGAAGUCGUAGAAAGUUGACUAAUCAAUAAAAACUUUACAAGAAUGACGCCAAAAUAUCUCAAAUACGAGCGUCACCAUGUUGCACUGAUGAUGUCAUUUGGGGAUGGAGUCUGGGCAUUAGUGAUUGGAGAGGUAGAAUAGAAUACGAGGGCUCCACCAAUCACAAGCUGAUAUUUAGUCAAAUACUUUUUUGUUUGGUCAGUGUCUGAUCUGCUGAAGUGGAGAAAACAUGGGUUAUGGCCUCGACUGCAGCCACAAGGGGGCGAUCCAGAUGUUUUGUCUUCACUAUGACCUUCACAGGAUGUUCUUGGUUGAUGAUGGUAACAAUUUACUAGCAUACUAUUUACCCACAUUAAGUAUUUGUCUUUAAGGUCCUUAAAACAUGAUACUACUGUUUGUGGCCAAGGCUUGGGGUGAAAUUUAGGUUUAUAAAAGAAACAUUCUUCGUAUUUCUUCUGACUCUCAGGCCUCAAAAUACACUGAUACAUCUGCAAUACGCUGAUACAGACUGAUGUGUGUGCACUGUCUGUUGUAUUAUUAUGAUGGAGAUGAGGAGCUUUGAGUUGAAGCUUCCUUCCAAGUAGAUAUUUCUUCAAAUGUUGUUUGGAGAAACUCACUGCGGGGCUGAUUCACUUUAUAUGUGUGCACAUAUAUGAAUGAGAGAAUGAAAAAGGAAUUGAUCCCUAUGGAAGGAUAUUAAUGUGAAGCCUCUGUCAGUGGCUCUAUGUGAUGGGCAUGUGGAGACUGGACUGUAGAUGUACAUUAAUAUAAGUGACUUUAUAUAUAAUGUUACACAUUUUAACCCAAAUAAUGUGACACAACAUUCAGCUCCUCACUGUCUUUACAAAGUUUUUCCUUCAGCAGCCAAAUACUGUAUAUGCACUUGUAUGAGGGCAUUUGACUCCACUACUGACUGUUUGUUAAACCUCUGCUGUAUUCCUACUGAAUGACUUCUUUUGUAUUUUAAAAGUUUAACCUUUUAAAAGUAUAUAUUAUACUCCUGAUGAACUAGUAUUUUUAAUUCUUUGUAUAAUACUUUUGCUGCUACUGCAAGUUUAUUAAAUGUUUGCAAGUCAAACAAUGUGAAACUCAAUUAUCAAUUGUAUUCAAAAGUACAUAAUAA